AUGAGACAGCAUAUCUCACUUGCUGCAGCUCUGGGCUGCUCGCACCUGGCGAGUGCCGUUGAGUAUUGCGCACCAGCAGGAAUCCCUCUUUUGCCACAUCCCGACCUGACGGUCGCACCCGCUUUCGACCCUGCACCAUUGACGGCCGUACUCGACGAACUGGCUAGCGACUCACUCUUGUUCAACACGUCUUCAACAUCGUUCUCGGUCACAAUAACCACGACCGAAGACAAGGUGUUCGAAUACCAUUGGACUGCUCCUAAUGUCAACACCACUGUCGGCGUCAGCAAGGUGGAUGGUGACACUGUCUACCGCGUCUUCUCGGUCACCAAGAUGUUCACGGUCCUUUCUGCAUUGCUUCAGGAAGGACUGGACCUGGAUGACUACAUCUGGAAGUGGGUACCAGAGCUUGAAAGAUCGCCGAAUUUCGAGAACACCACUCUAAGGAUGCUUGCGAGUCAUCUAGGCGGAGCACCGCGUGACGGCUACGCCUUCGACACCUCUCUCAGAGGCCGUCCCGAGUUCCUUCAGGGUGAACUGGGUCUGCCUGCUGAUCCUGUUUUGCCUGAAGGCUUCCCUAUAUGCAAUUCGGUUCAGUAUGGCCAAUGCGCUUCCCAAGCCGAAUUCCUUGAAGGUCUACGCGUUAGCAGCUACGUCUGGCCCGCAGGGCGUACCCCAGCAUACUCGAACUUCGGCUUCAGCAUACUUGGCUUUGCUAUCGAGGCUUUCACUGGAAAGUCGUUGCCCGAUGUCAUGCAAGACAGUAUCGCUAAUCCUCUGGGCUUGGACGCGCUUGGGCUGAAGACUCCAGAUCCGGCUCGUCUGGUGAUUCCAGGUGAGGUCGAUGAAUUUGGUACUCAGGAUAUUGGAUUUUACAAUGGCUCCGCCGGCAUGUACGCCACCCCUAACGACCUGUCUCGCUUCCUCCGCGGUCUCCUCAACAACGAGCUCCUCUCGAGCACCGACCUCGCUACAUGGCUAAAGCCCGCCUCCUUCUCCCCAACCAGCAAGAACGAAGCAAUCGGCAUGCCCUGGACAAUCCGCACCCCCACCAAUGUUCUUGGCCCUGAAUCCGGCGAUCGUCCCGUCGAAAUCUUCACCAUGCCCGGCGGCCAAGGCUACUACAAUGGCUACGUCGCAGUCAUUCCAGAGUACCAGCUGGGCUACAGUGUCAACGUCGCAGGUGUAGGCGACGAUCCAGCACUUCGCGCUCUGAUGGACUACAUCGUCCGCUACUCCGUCCCGCACUACGACUCCGUCCGCAGAGAACAAGCCAAGGCGAACUACGCCGGCCGCUACGGUAGCGGCGGCUCAGCGCUCGAGCUCGUCGAGACCUGGACUACUGGUGGCAAAGCUGUCAAGGACGCGUGGGUAGAGUUCUUUGGCUCCGAUGCGCAGAACGCUAUCGAUGCCGAGGUGAGGAUCUAUCCAGUGGGUGCAGACAAUCGUUGGCGUGCGAUGUUCAAGUCUAUCUCGGAGACGAAUUCAACGGGUACGAUCUUUGAAGAUGCCUGCUAUACGUGGUUCACUGCUGGAGCGUGGCUGUAUGGUGGUUUGAAUGUCGAUGAGAUUGACUUCACUAUUGGGCAGGAUGGCAAGGCGACUGCGGCUAUUGUGCCUGGUUUGAGGCAGAAUAUGGCGAGAGAAGCCUGA